CUGAAAUCAUACCAACUUGGCAAAUUUGGCAGACUUAGUUCUACUCCGACUGGCUUUUCUUUGACCCAUAUCUCGAAAACAGGAGAAAUAACUGAAGCCGAAGUUAGAGAAUUUGAAAUCAGCGCGCGUGAAGCAAGUUCCACAGAAUCGAACCAGAAUUCGAAUAUGCAAGAUCCCCCAGCUUCCGGGAGCUCAGUGACGUCGAGAAAAUCUAAAUUCGCAGCAAUCCGUAAAAUAAUAAAAAAGAAGGAGACGCGAAAGCCAAAAGGUAGCAAAAAUUCCGGAAGCCCCUCAAGAAACAAAAAAAUUACUAAAAAAGCAGCAAAAGGAGAAACAGCAUCUGGGACACCAGUUCCAACGGCAAAAGGUAGCGCAGUCUCUGGGAGCCUCCCGGCGGCAGAAGUAUCCGCGGAAGCAGUCGCCCCGAAUAGACUACCGGCGGAAAUCCAAGACAAUCGACCCUCUUCAAAUAACCAGACAUGGUCAAAACCUGAACAGGACGCUGAAAUAGAAACUCAACAAAUAGCGCCUGUUCAACGAAACGAACUGAGGAAUUCCGGGAAAAAAGAUGUCAGUCCUCAAAAACCUACGUCGGCUCCAACCACACCGGAAACACCGAAGAAAUGGUACACGCCAGUUAUAGCUUUGUGGAACACAGCCACUGGAAAAUCGCCACCCAAAGACCCUGGACCGUUGCCAGUAAAUAAUCCAAUUCAACUUAAUUCUAUGGAGCGCUCUUCUCUAUUGAUUCCGGGCGAGUCCAACCAAAAGAGCGCCAUGCAUUCUGGACUGCCGCUAGAACUACGUGAUGUAAUCCCGCUUGGUUCUAUGAUGCGGUCUCCUCUACUAACUCCGGGCGAUUCCAGCCAAAUGACAGCCGUGCAUUCUGGACCGCCAUCAGUAUUUAAUGCGAACAAUAACGAUUCUAUGAAGCUCUCUCCUCUAAUGACUUCGGGUGAAUCCAACCAAAAGCACGUAAUCCAUGAACCUAUGAACGUGGGCCCUAUUGCUUCAACCUCUUGUGGCAGCCCAGGCCAAACUAAUUCAGAAACAUCCGCUGGCGCGGAAUGCUCGGAAAACGAGCUGUCAAUGGACGCUGCUCAAUCGCCAAUGGACAUCCAAUCGUCAGCGGACAGUGAUUCAUCAGUGGACAGUGAUUUCUCAACGGACAUGGAUGUUCCUGUAGACACUGAUGUUUCUAUGGACACUAAUUCGCCAAAGGACUACGCUCGGUCAAGGGCCCUUGAGUUGUCAGUGCACCCUUUUUGGUUAACGGACACUGACGAGUCAAGGGACGGCGAAGCGUCAAAUGACCAUGAUAUGUUCCGAUCGCAUGUAGAAGCUAGGAUGAUGAUGGCCAGCAAUUCAGAUGCCAAUGAUAUUUUCGCAGACAAACGUACCGGUCAACCUCGGCCCAUCGCUGGAAGUGCACGUACCGAUGAGUUCGGUGUAUCCCCCGAAGAUCUUCCUAACCCUUUCAACAUGAACGAUGAUGAACUGAAGACGUUCGAGGAUGCGUUGAUGGAGGGCGAAAAUGACAGUGAACAAAAACGACGUACUCUGGAAGACAACCCAGAGCAAUCACCGCCUAAUACUGAAGAAAUGGGAACGAACCUCCCGGUCCAAAGUGCAUCAAUAAAACACAUUGAUCUUGACGGUCGACAAGGUCAAAUAUGCACCAUUCCAGCAAAACUUACAUCAAAUGGGGAGAUCGAUGGUCCAAGCCCACAUGUGGUUUUCAUCCGCCAUGAAGUUUGGAGACUUUAUAAGCACAUUCAGUACAAGGUGCAUAACGAAGAAGAAAAGCCUGGAAUUAUCUGCGGGCCGCCUGGUAGCGGAAAAACCACCGCGGCGUUUUGUUGCGCCCUCAAUUUGCUCUGGGCUGACAGUGCUGACGUAGGAUGGCUAAGAAUUAGAGAGCAAGCAACUUCCUUCACAAUUAUCAAAUACGUCAACAAUGAGUACCGCAGAACAACUAUGUCCCUCGAAACUGCUAAUAUCUCUAGUGAAAUAGAGAGCUUAGAACUACCAGACGUCGAUCGAAAAUUUAUCCUUUUUGUCGAUGGCGUGACUGACCGGACAAAAAUUUCCAGUUACCCAACUUGGAGUCCCCUUAAGGAUCUCGAAAAGGUUUUCGACACUUUCGUCCGAUGGCAAAAGGUUUCCACUAAAAACCGAUUAUUCAUAGUCACCUCCAUGGGGCUUGUUAGAUACCCCGAGGACAAGUUGGAGGUAUACUAUUACUUAUCAUGGGAUUGGGAUGAAUACGCUAAAGCAGUACAAAUUACGGAUUUUAAAAAUCGGGUAUUAACCUCACUGAGGAAGGACGGAGUGGAUUUGAAUGACAACGAGAGAUUCAAUAAAGCACUCCGACUUCGUUAUCGUUUCUUUGGCGGAAGUGCUCGUUACAUGCUCUUUAAACCAUUUUUAACCGCCCUUGCAGAGCUCGAUAUAGGGCUUUUCGAGGCAAUAGGAUCAUCGAUGUGGACAAGGCUCCGGUACGACGCAUAUACAAAAGUGGUCGACGUCGGUCAGAAGAGUAAUCGCCUGUUAGGAAGAUGGGUGAAUCCGGGCAAGCCGCGAGAGGACAGCGGAAAGUUCGUGUCUGAAAAGGAUCACUCUAAUCCAUAUUUCGUCAGCCAAUACGUGUGGGCCACUGUUCGACGACUGCAGCUCAGGCGCCCAAAAAGAGUUCGAGCUUCUAAAUAUGGACAGGAUUUUGAAUACACAGUUUUAAAACAUAUCAAGGAUUUGCGCUCACACGAUUAUCCUGGUAUGCGCCUUUUGCCAAUAACUCGAAAAAUAUACCAGGAAAAAUCUGCCUGGGUACGCUCUGCGUUUUCAAAACCUGCUUUAGAAAUCGUUAAACUGGAAGGCAAUUACCUCACAGUUUUUCAAACGUUACAUGAUGCAUUUCAACGGAUGAAUGCCGGCGAGGUAUACAUAUACCCAAAAUCGGAAACUCACAAGGGAUACGAUAUGGUGCGGAUGGUCGUAAUUCGAGGUGGAUCAAGUUUACACUUUCAGUUUUGUGAUUGCACCGUGGGACAGAAAAAGCACAUCAGAGUCCCAAUUGAUUCGAUUAAAACGUUUUUUGACGAAAUGCAGAAAUUUCAACCGGCAGAUCCAAAAGAAAAAAGAAUGAACAUCGGAAUAAUUGAAAUGAGCUAUCUUCUGCCAGCUAACAAAGUUUCUGAACCGGAAGCGAAAUUUUCCCUAGUAUUCUCAGUACCAAUAAGAAAAAGAUACUUCGACGAAAAACCAAACCAAAAGAAAUCCAACUGGGAAAAACAACCUCUUUCUGCAGAACAACAAGGAGAUAUGUUCAAGGCAGAGAUAGAAAACUACGUAAGCACAAGCAAUAACGCAAGCAGAGAAAAAGAGGAAAGCACUACGUUGUUUAAAGAGAUGCCCGAAAUUAUUUUGUCAGCAGUGCGUUACUUUUCUGAUAACACACUUUAAAUCUAAUUUGUUUGUUAAUAUUUUGGCUGAGAAACAAUUUUUAAGAGCAAACGGCACGAGCAAGGUUUUGCGUUUGUACUAUUUUCAUUUUCAUUAAGAAAGGGCAUAAUG